GAAGUGUCCUUGAAUCUCUCAUCUCACCAACCCUUUUAUUCAACUCAAACUAUUCAUUCUCCACAUUCGUGUCUACAUAUUCAUCCUAAAAAACCCCAUUGCUUGUGUGUAUAUAUAUAUUGGUAGUAGUUGUAGCUAUAAUAUUGCAAUGAUACACAGAAAGAGUGCAUGUUUCUAGGAGCUUGCUCUCUUUUUUGCUAAUAUGGCCACAUUUAAUCCCACAAAAUCUACACAUUUGUCAAAAUUUUCGAAUACCCAAUCGAGAUUAGUGAGUUUUAGGAAAACCCAUGUGGGAUUUGACAACAAUUUUCAAAGAAAGUUGGGAAAUUUAGUGUCUUUUGAUGGGAUUAAGAGGAGGAUUGGUGGCAAUGAUGGUGAUUAUGUUUUGAAGAAGAAUGAUGGGAAGAAACAGAGAGGGGUGGGGGUGAAGUGCACAGCUGAGGGGAUAGAGAGGGGAAUAUUGGUAGGUGGGAGAGGAGAGAAAGGUAAAUUUGUGAUACCAGAGAGAUUGAAGGUGGUGGGAUUGAUGGCAUGUGUUAUGAGUUUGUGUAAUGCAGAUAGGGUUGUUAUGUCUGUUGCUAUUGUUCCUUUGGCUGCUCAGCAUGGCUGGAGCAGCUCUUUCUUGGGUAUUGUUCAGUCAUCAUUUCUUUGGGGAUACAUCUUUUCGUCAGUGAUAGGAGGAGCCUUGGUAGACAAAUAUGGAGGCAAGAAAGUGAUUUCUUGGGGGGCGGCAUUGUGGUCUUUGGCAACUCUACUUACGCCAUGGGCUGCAAAUCACUCAACAACCAGCCUCUUAGUCAUCCGGGCUUUCUUCGGAUUGGCUGAAGGAGUAGCUUUACCAUCAAUGAACACCCUGUUAUCAAGGUGGUUUCCAAGUCACGAAAGAGCAACUGCUGUUGGUAUAUCCAUGGGUGGUUUUCAUCUUGGAAAUGUCAUAGGCUUAUUGCUAACACCACUAGCAAUGUCAACCGUAGGAUUAUCUGGCCCUUUCAUCCUCUUCUCAUCUCUGGGACUGCUAUGGUUAACUAUCUGGGCCUUCCGUGUGACAAAUGAUCCGCAAGAAAGCAAUUCUAUUAGCGUAUCAGAACUACGAUUGAUCCAAGCUGGCAAAUCUGAUACCCCUCUUGACAAGAGCAGCGUACCUCCUAUAGGCCUUUUAUUAUCUAAAAUGCCCACCUGGGCUAUCAUUUUUGCAAACAUCACUAACAACUGGGGAUACUUUGUUCUUCUUUCAUGGAUGCCAGUGUAUUUUAAAACUGUUUUCAAUGUGAACUUGAAGCAAGCAGCGUGGUUUAGUGCUGUCCCAUGGGGAACAAUGGCAAUUUCAGGAUACAUAGCUGGAGCAAUGUCAGAUUCUUUGAUUAAAUCAGGAAAAUCAAUAACUUUCACAAGGAAAGUUAUGCAGUCUAUUGGCUUUAUUGGUCCUGGAAUAGCAUUACUAGGUUUGAACUUUGCUAAGACACCAGUGGUUGCAUCCAUAUUGAUGACUAUCGCCCUAAGCCUGAGUUCUUUUAGCCAAGCAGGCUUUCUGUUAAAUAUGCAGGAUAUUGCACCCCAGUAUGCGGGACUUCUACAUGGGAUAUCAAACUCAGCUGGGACAUUGGCAGCUAUAGUCAGUACCAUUGGAACAGGUUACUUCGUACAAUGGCUCGGAUCUUUUCAAGCAUUCCUUAGUGUCACAGCGUGCCUGUAUUUUGCUACAGCCAUCUUCUGGAAUCUCUAUGCUACUGGAGAGCGUGUUUUUUAGAGUCAAGAAUAUAUAUCAGAAAAUACCGAACAACUCGUAUCCCUUCAAAAAGAAGUAAAUUGCUUCGAAAACUGUAAGACGAUAAAGAUGUCACCAUCUUCAGGUUGUCUCUAGGCAAGUCUCGAGAUAGAAAUUACAUAUACAGAGUAUAUUUAUUUAAGGAGAAUAUUGAAUUUAUUAUUUAAAGGUUUAAAGUCAAUGCAUGUAGCUUGUGCAGUUCCAUGUACAUUUUGUCUUGUAAUCCAUUUAUACCUUUUAAGCAUUCUUCCCGUGUUACAACAUUAGUCCAUUUUCUAUAAAUAUUAUUUUUGAUUA